GCCCCCUUCCCACAAGAUUUUUUAUACUUCGUAUUAUCAACAAAACCCAGGUAGAGAGAGAGAGUGAGAGAACAGAAGGAGAGAAUAGUAGUAACUAUUAAUGCAAGGCCAAAACAGCUAAACCCAAUUCGACCACCUUUCGACUCAGCACCCAAAUGCUUCCAGCAGAUUCGCUCUUUCUAUAUCUUAGUACUCCUCGGCUUUCUCAGGUCUCUUUCUUCACAACCCAGGUCUUGGAAGAGAGAUUUUUUGUGAAUUUUGAACUUUAGGAUAUUUUGAGGUCCAAAAUUUGUUGAUAUAAAUUAGCUUUUUUUAUUUGUGAGAUUUGAGUAUUGUGAUUACAAGAUGGCGACUUGUAUGCCGACGAGUUUGAUGCCUCCUAGUACUCGAAACCCAAUGGGGGUAUUUACUGCCCUUGGAGGGAGAGUGUCAAUUGAGAAUCACUUUGGGAGAGGUUGUUGUGUGACAAUGUCUGAGGAGAAGAAUGGGGUUUUGGGUGCUCGCCAAAAGUCAUCCUUUCCUCAGUUUAAGUGUUCUGCCAACUCUCAGAGUGUUAGUCCAUAUCAUAACAAAGAUCCUUUUCUGCAUCUACACCCUGAAGUCUCAAUGCUCAGAGGGGAUGGAAACAAUACCGUGGAUAACCCAAGAAAGGAUACUUCAGGUGGAAAUGUCACAGAGAGUUUAGGAGAUACGUCUAGUCCAAAUAAUUACAAUGAUGCUAAGAUCAAAGUUAUUGGAAUUGGAGGUGGUGGAUCGAAUGCAGUCAACCGUAUGAUAGAGAGUGCGAUGAAGGGUGUGGAAUUCUGGAUUGUCAACACGGAUAUUCAGGCCAUGAGGAUGUCUCCUGUAUUUCCUGAGUACCGUCUGCAAAUUGGUCAAGAGCUUACGAGGGGCCUUGGUGCUGGUGGGAACCCAGAGAUUGGCAUGAAUGCUGCGAAAGAAAGCAAAGAAUCAAUUGAAGAGGCACUUUAUGGAGCAGAUAUGGUCUUUGUUACGGCUGGAAUGGGCGGAGGAACUGGCACUGGUGGAGCUCCUAUAAUUGCUGGGGUUGCAAAGUCAAUGGGCAUAUUGACUGUUGGUAUUGUCACAACCCCUUUCUCUUUUGAGGGACGAAGGAGGGCAGUUCAAGCCCAGGAAGGAAUUGCAGCUUUAAGAGACAAUGUUGAUACGCUGAUAGUCAUUCCAAAUGACAAAUUAUUAACUGCAGUUUCCCAGUCUACCCCAGUAACAGAAGCAUUUAACCUUGCUGAUGACAUCCUUCGUCAAGGUGUUCGUGGUAUCUCUGACAUAAUUAUGAUACCAGGACUAGUAAAUGUGGACUUUGCUGAUGUGCGAGCUAUAAUGGCAAAUGCAGGUUCUUCGUUGAUGGGAAUAGGAACUGCAACUGGGAAGACCAGGGCAAGAGAUGCUGCAUUAAAUGCCAUACAAUCACCUUUACUAGAUAUUGGCAUAGAGAGGGCUACUGGAAUUGUGUGGAAUAUAACAGGCGGAAAUGAUUUGACCUUAUUUGAGGUAAAUGCUGCAGCAGAGGUUAUUUAUGACCUAGUGGACCCAACUGCCAAUUUGAUUUUUGGAGCAGUGAUAGAUCCAUCACUUAGUGGUCAAGUCAGUAUAACGCUAAUUGCUACUGGAUUUAAACGCCAAGAAGAAAGUGAAGGGAGGCCCCUCCAGGCUAGUCAGCUAGCACAAGGAGAUGUCGGCCUUGGGUUUAAUCGGCGACCUCCCGCUUUCACUGACAGCAGUUCAGUGGAAAUUCCAGACUUCUUAAAGAAGAAAGGACGCUCACGCUAUCCAAGAGUUUAGGAGUCCCAAAAAACACUACUUCCCUUUCACAUCCCUUCUCAGGGAUUAAAAGUACACCUUAGUAGGUACUAGAAAAUCUUUGUGCUUGUUUUUUGGUGGUUUCUUGCUCCGAGAAAGGAUAACAUAUUCUUGUUUGAUUAAUAGCUAAAAAUAGUUGAGUUUCUUUCACGCUUAAGUUGAAGAUUUUCUGUUAAUAAAUGGCUUGUACAGAGUGCACCUACUUGAAAGGAGAUAAAUCAAUGUAGAAGUAUUAAUGGUUGAAUGAAAGAUUUUGGUUUUAUAGUUUUA